UAAGCUCUUAGCUUCACUAUAAAACCCACCAGUGGCAGCUUUCGGAGGCAACAGAAGAAAAGAAGCUCAUGGCCCUGAAAUCUGGGAGAGAGGAGGGGACAGACAUUGUUCUCAGGAUUCAGGGGGACCUGGCCCAGCCCCAGACCUGGUGGAAGAUCCAGUUGUUCGUGUGGGAGCCAGUGCUGUUCGGGACCUGGGAUGGUGUGUUCACGUCCUGCAUGAUCAACAUUUUUGGGGUUGUCCUUUUCUUAAGGACUGGCUGGCUGGUGGGAAACACAGGCGUCCUCAUGGGAGUGUUUCUGGUAUCCUUCGUCAUCCUGGUGGCCCUCAUCACCGUGAUGUCUGGCAUCGGUGUCGCGGAGCACUGUGGCGUGGGCAGUGGCGGUGUCUACUCCAUGGUCUCCUCGGUCCUGGGCGGGCAGACCGGAGGCACAAUUGGGCUGCUCUAUGUGUUCGGACAGUGUGUUGCAGGUGCCAUGUAUAUCACCGGCUUCGCUGAAUCCAUCUCAGAUUUGCUGAGCCUCAGGAAUAUCUGGGCCGUGCGAGGAAUUUCAGUGGUGGUGCUUCUGGCCCUGCUGGGGAUUAACCUAGCAGGUGUCAAAUGGAUCAUCCGCCUGCAGCUGCUGCUGCUGCUCCUGCUGGCUGUGUCCACACUGGACCUCGUGGUGGGCUCUUUCACGCACCUGGACCCAGAACAUGGCUUUAUUGGAUAUUCCCCGGAACUGCUGCGGAACAACACUCUGCCGGAUUACAGCCCAGGGGAGUCUUUUUCCACGGUCUUUGGGGUGUUUUUCCCAGCAGCUACAGGAGUCAUGGCCGGCUUCAACAUGGGGGGUGACCUCAGGGAGCCUGCCACCAGCAUCCCCCUGGGCUCCCUAGCAGCUGUUUGCAUCUCGUGGUUUCUGUACGUUGUCUUUGUCUUCCUGCUUGGCGCCAUCUGCACCCGAGAGGCCCUUCGCUACGACUUCCUGAUAGCCGAAAAGGUGUCCCUGGUGGGCUUCCUGUUCCUUUUGGGCUUGUACAUCUCAUCCCUGGCCUCCUGCAUGGGAGGCCUGUACGGGGCCCCCCGGAUCCUGCAGUGCAUUGCCCAGGAGAAAGUGAUUCCCACACUGGCCUGUCUGGGGCAAGGGAAAGGGCCGAAUAAAACUCCCAUAGCUGCCAUCUGCCUGACUAGUUUGGUGACCAUGGCCUUUGUCCUUGUGGGUCAGGUGAAUGUUCUGGCUCCCAUCGUCACCAUCAACUUCAUGCUGACAUAUGUUGCGGUGGAUUACUCCUACUUCUGCCUGUCCAUGGUUUCCUGCAGCCACCCCCGGGUGCCUGGGUCAGUGCACAGGGAGAACAUGGAAGCUCUCCACUGCUCUGAGCACCUGCUGUUGGAAAAGGCUCCCAGUUAUGGCUCUGAGGGCACUGCCCGAAGCCUCUCUGAGGGCACUCUGCUAGAAUUCACCAGAGACAUGGAUCAGCUCCUCCAGCUAACCAGGAAGCUAGAGAGUAACCAGACCAGGCCAGGAGACAGUGACAGGAUCCCGGAGCAUCAGAAGGGGAAAUGCAAGAAGGCCACCAAGCAAACCCUGCAAGAUAGCUUCCUCUUGGACCUCAAGUCACCAGCUUCCUUUUCUCCUGAAGGCCCUGACAGAUUGCCCACUGACUACUGGCAGGGGCAGGAGUUCUGCUGGUUCAACCAGCAUUCCAGGAGUGAAAGGGCUCAUCCUGGGGGAACAUGUGGAGAGCAACUUGUCCCUGAGCCAAGCAACCAGCCAGGGCCAGGUGGAGAAGAUUUCUUCCUAAAGCAUAGGCUCCAGGAACAAGACAUCCAGAGCAGACCUACUUCUGUCUAUGCUCGCAUGUGCAAUCCCUGGGUCUCCCUGCUGGGGGCUGUUGGGUCCCUUGUCAUCAUGUUUGUGAUCCAGUGGGUCUACACCUUGGUUAACAUGUGUGUUGCUGCGGUUGUGUAUUUGUACAUUGGCCGGACCAGUCCAGGGCUUCACCUAGGAUCAGCCUCCAACUUCAGUUUUUUCAGAUGGAUGAGGUCUCUUCUGAUCCCCUCCUGCAGGACCUGUGUGGUUAGAUUUGGACUGCUCUGACGAUCAGCGUAAUCUCCCCAACUCAAGAUCCUUAUUACAGGAGUUCCCUUUGCAGCCAUCACCUUACGCUCUGGCACAGUGCACCGUGAGGCAGCGACACUGACUGACCUAUGGCAGGCGUCACACCUUUUGUGUGUGGAAGACAGACUCCCUGGGGUGAACUGAUCGGCUCAGAGUUGUAGAACCAGGCAACAGAGAAGACAGAAUGAGGACUCACGUGUUCCACUUCCUGCUCCAGAGCUCUUUUGUAAAGCAUUGACUUGGCCAUCUAUCUCCAUCUUUCCAAGUGGAAAUAGUUUUUUCCUGAUUAUAAAGGAAAUACAUGCCAUCAAAUGACACAUACAUGGUGGUUAGUAGCAGCACUGUCUGUAGCAGCUGUGAAACGGCCACUAGCAGUAGAAGGGAAAACAGCUCGGGGGCUGGCCCCUCCGUGGGUACCAUCGACGAGGAGAAGGAAGGGUCUGUCAGCACGUACAACAAUGCUGAGCAAUAGCAGCUAGACAGAAAAGAGUACAUGUCUAGACAGUCAAGAGUACUUGACAUAAAAUACAAAACCAGGUAUUUUAUCAAAAAAUACUAAGCUAUGCUGAAAGAAGUCAGGAUAGUGGUAAUGUGUGUGGGAGAAUGAUGGGGGGAGGGGACUGUCAUGGGCACCUCUCCGUCUGAGUGCCGGCUGCACAAACCUCUGCCAGCAAUGUUCGCUGAGCUCUGCACAGCUCAUGGAUGUCCCUCUACGGGUGCGUUUUUCUCUGUGUACAUCGUAUUUCAGUAAAGAAUUUUAAAUAGUUGCUCAUGCUCUUGUGAGAAAUUCAGACAACACGAAGAAGUCCACAUCAUCCUCUAACAAUUUAAAAAA